AACGGUAGGCGGGACCGGCGCGGAGGGGGCAGGACGCGAGGUAUCAUGGAGGAUCAGUGAGCAAACUGUGGCCAGCAGCGACGAGCAAGCCACGCUCUUGUCCCGCGAACGUUCUUCCCACUUUAAGCGCCCGAUUUGCACCCCCUCGUCGCCGCAGAGUAAAAAUAUUUCGCGAUGGACAUGAAGAAGAGGAUCACGGUGGAGCUGCGGAAUCGAGACCCGGCGGAGGUGGCUGAGAUGGUGGUGGACAACAGCCCCUCUUUGAGCGGGGAAGUGGAAGGUCUCUCGGACAAGUUUGUGGAGCUGGAGGUCCUCAGGAUGGUCAACGUGGGUCUGCAUUCGCUGGCCAAGCUGCCCUCGCUGCCCAAACUCCGCAAGCUGGAGCUGAGCGAAAACAACCUGUCGGGUUCUUUCGAGACCUUGUCGGAAAAAUGCCCCAACCUGAUCUACCUCAACCUGAGCAGCAACAAGAUUAAGGAGCUGAGCAACGUGGAGGCGCUGCAAAACCUGAAGAAACUUCAGAGUCUCGACCUGCUGAACUGCGAGAUCACGUCGCUAAAGGAUUACCGGGACAGCGUGUUCGAGCUCCUGCCGCAGGUCACCUACCUGGACGGCUUCGACCAGGAGGAAAACGAGGCGCCCGACUCGGAGGUGGACGAGGAAGACGAGGACGGCGACGACGGCGCGGGCCCGACGGGCGACUACGACGACGAGGACGACGAAGACGACGACGACGAGGACGGCUCGGAGGGAGGAGAGGUGGGGCUGAGCGUUCGCGGGAAGAGGGCCACGCAUCAGGAGGACGACGACGACGACGAGGAUGACGAUUACGGCGAGGAGGAGGAGGAGGAUGGCGAGCGAGCGGACGCUCAGGGACAAAAGAGGAAGAGAGACGCGGAGGACGACGGCGAGGACGACGAAGACGACGACGACGACGACUAGCCGCGCGGCGUGCGGGCGUGCGUGUGUGGGUGCGCGUGCGAGCGUGCGUGUCCCGUCCUAUGCUAGGCGUCGUCCCCUCCGGCUCCGCCCUCGCCCCUCCCCCCCACUACUUUAAAUCGGGUUGCAAAGGGAAGAAGAAUUUCCAUGGGAAUCAUGUCGGUGUCAUAUUCGAGGCAAAUAUCACAUUUUUUUAGUUCAAAGCAGACGUCGGUGCAAAAAUGCCGAACAGUGGUUUUAUUGCUGUUUUUUUAAAAUGUAUUUAUAUUUAAAUGGCAGCGUAUUUAAAAGGUCGCCCGUAAUUAAAAAAAAAAUUAUUUGCUUGCAGGGAUAAACAAAAGCUCAGCUGAGAUAAGUUCAUAAGUUGAAUCAUGAAUUGUACGUGCGAGGUGCAGCGGGUCACCGCAUUUCGCAAAUUCAACGAUUUGAUUUAUUUUUCAUUCAUUGCAGGAUUUUAUUUUUUGGGGGGGUAAGACACACAAAAAAAAAAAAAUGGUGAAUUUUCCAGCAAUAAACAAUCCGUAAACAGUGGAUAGGUUCACCAAAGUCCCAGGAUUCCCCUUUUCUGCGACCAAUCAGAUAAGUUAACGACCUCUACGACACACAAGAUGGCGGAUUGGAAACCCAUCAAUUGCUGAAUGGGUGAGUUUGCGAAUGCCGAACCGGAAAUGUAAACUCCGCUUGUGUGAAUUCCCGCUGGUUCCCAUGGAAACGUCGCAACUUUGCAAGCCGCCGCCGUCAUUUUCCAAGCCACUUCCUCUUCGAAACGCGGCUGAGCUCCGUGACUGCCCCACGCAAGAUGGCGGCCACGUUGGCCUUGGGAUCUUUUUUUUUUUUUCUUCAUCGAACUCGUCGGGACUCCUCAGCGAUUUUCCGUUAUGGCAUCACCAACUUGGACUUUUUUUGUUUUUGAAGACUUUUUGAGCACAAAAAGUCAUCUGAUCUUUGAGGACUUUCCUUCCCCACCCCUCUUUGCCCCCACCCAACACAAACCAAAGUUGGCGUCAUUACGAGCGCCUCCCUUCAGGAUACCUUUUUGUGGUUGUGGAUCAGGAUCUUCUAUCUCCAUUUUAGCCCCCCCCCCCUGUGAUCACAUGACCAUCCUGCCCACCUUUUUAAAAAUAUGCACGCCAACGGAUGCUCCGCCUCUUCUUCUGAUUGCCCCCCCCCCUGUGUGUGUUUUUGUUUUAUUGUAGCUUUUUACACGCUCAGUGACUUUUUAUUUAGAUUUUUUUCUUCCUCUUCCCUCUCCGGUCAAGUGAUGUGAAAUAUUCCAAUAAAGUUAAGUCGCAGCGAAGCUUUGUGGGAUAAGGGAAAAACCUUUUUAAAAGAAAAAAUUGACUUAAAAAAAGCAAUAUUUCUAGAUUUCUACAAAGAUAAAGUUGCUUUUUUUCUUUUUUUUUAUUUGGUGAUUUGAUUUAAUUUGUUGGGCGGAAGCUUAACAGAAGCUCAGCAGCUAUUUUUUGUUUUGUUUUUGUUUUUCCUUUUGUCACUGACAAAAAUAAAUGUGCGUGUUUGUGCGUGUGUGUGCGUGCGCUGCUUUAAACAUUUAUUAAAAAAACCAUGAAAUGUG